AUGUCGGCGAGGCCAUCAUACCAAUCCUCCCAGCCCUCUGAAUCCAUCCGGGUCGGCGGCGGCGGCGGCGGCGGCGGCGGCGUACUGACGUCUGUGCCUUACCGCACGGCAUCCAACCUCUCGGGACCAGACGCCCUCGAACCCGUGACCGACAGCAGCGCAGCAGCCCGUCGUCGCAGUACGCCGGUCUCCGGAGAAGAUGGGGCGGGGGGGAAAGAAGACGACGAGGAUCCGUACCGCGAGGCGGGCGACGAGGUCUACGACAGGCUGAGCAGGUGGCGCAAGUCGUGCAUAGUCGGCGUGCUGGCCUUCUGCGCCUUCCUCUCGCCCAUAUCGAGCACGUCGGUGCUGAGCGCGACGCCCGAGGUGGCGGCCACGUACGGCACCACCGGGUCCAUCGUCAACCUCAGCAACGCCGGGUACAUGGCUCUCAUGGCGGUUUCGCCCAUCGUGUGGGGUCCCAUCAGUCAGCUGUUUGGAAGGAGACCGAUCACACUUAUCACGGCUGUCGCCUUCACGGUACUGAGCAUGGCUACGGCUCUGGCGCCCAACUUGGUCGACAUCUACCGACCUACCGAACGCGGCACGGCAGUAGGAUGGUUCAUGUCAGGCACGCUGUUCGGGCCGGCGUUCGGUCCGUUCCUGGGGGGUAUAAUCGUGACGUACUCGUCGUGGCGGACGAUAUUCUGGCUGCAGACCGGUCUGGCGGGUGCCGGUCUGGCCGGGGUCUUCUUCCUCGUGCCGGAGACGAUCCACCGGAAGGGCAUGGAUGACCUGCGACAGCAGCAGCAGCAGCAGCGGCGGCGGCGGCGGCGGCGGCGGCGGCGACGGGGGGCAAGCAGCGGUUGGACCGGUUGGACGGGAAGGUGGUCGCAGGCGCGGGCGGUGGCUUCGCAGGCGAACCCGCUGCGCAUCCUCCGGUGGUUCCGACACGCGAACCUGUGCCUGGUGGGGGCGGCGAGCGCGGCGCUGGUGUGGAACAUGUACAGCCUGCUGACGCCGAUACGGUACGUGCUCAACCCGCGGUUCGGGCUGGAGUCGCCGCUGCUGUCGGGCCUGUUCUACCUCGCCCCCGGCAGCGGGUACCUGCUCGGGACGUUCGGCGGAGGCCGCUGGGCCGACAGGACGGUCAAGGAGUGGAUCCGGAGGAGGGGCGGGAGGAGGGUGCCCGAGGACCGCAUCCGGUCGGCCGUGCCCUUCAUCGGCCUGCUCAUGCCGGCCUGCGUCCUCGUCUACGGCUGGACGGUCGAGAUGCGCGCCGGCGGCAUCCCGGUACCCGUCAUCGCCAUGUUCGCCCAGGGCGUCGGCCAGCUCUUCUGCUUCCCCUCCCUCAACACCUACUGCCUCGACGUCGUCGGCGGCAGGGGCGCCGAGGUGGCUGCCGCCAACUUCUUCGUCAGGUACCUCAGCGGCUGCCUGGGUACGGCCGUGGUCCUGCCCAUCGUCGAGGCCGUCGGCAUAGGCUGGUUCUCCACCAUCUCGGCCGGCCUGCUGGUCGCCUCGGCCGCGGGGCUGCAGCUCGCCAUCCGUAGGGGGGAUGGGUGGGUGGAGAGGAUCGAGAACGGACCGGAGACUGGUACCGGAGCCGAUGGUGAUGGCGUUGGCGAUGGCGAUGGCGACGGCGAUGCAGGUUCAGGUGCGGGUGCGGGUACGGGUGCGGGUGCGGGUGCGGGUGCGGGUGUCGCGGGGGAUGCGCACUAUUACUACGAGUAA